AUUUCUAAUAUAUACAUGGAUUUUACAGGUAAUAGUAAAGACAUAGAGGCCUUAAAACCAGAGAAAGAAGAUGAAACCCCAGAUGCACCAGAAGCCCCUCCACCUGUCAGCAUGUUCAUCUUCAAACCCAGCAACCCGAUCCGCAGGGCCUGCCACUAUAUUGUCAAUCUUCGUUAUUUUGAGAUGUCAAUCCUUCUUGUGAUCGCCGCCAGCAGUAUCUCCUUGGCUGCUGAAGACCCUGUCAACACUAAUUCGGACAGGAACAAAGUGCUGCGCUAUUUUGAUUAUGUAUUCACUGGUGUCUUCACAUUUGAAAUGAUAAUCAAGAUGAUUGAGCAGGGUUUGAUCUUACAUGAUGGCUCCUAUUUCCGUGACCUGUGGAACAUUCUGGACUUCAUAGUCGUGGUGGGAGCUCUGGUGGCCUUUGCUCUUACGAAUGUGAUGGGGAGUAACACAGGAAGAGACAUUAAAACCAUCAAAUCACUCCGAGUUCUUAGAGUAUUGAGGCCUCUUAAGACUAUUAAAAGACUUCCCAAACUCAAGGCUGUGUUUGACUGUGUGGUCACAUCACUAAAGAAUGUCUUCAACAUCCUCAUUGUCUACAAGCUCUUUAUGUUCAUAUUUGCAGUAAUUGCAGUGCAACUUUUCAAAGGGAAAUUUUACUACUGUACCGACAGUUCCAAGGACACAGAAGACGAGUGCAAGGGUUACUACAUUGACUAUGACAAAGACAAGAAAAAGGAGAAACGGGAGUGGAAGAGACGUGAUUUUCAUUAUGAUAACGUCAUCUGGGCUUUGUUGACUCUCUUCACUGUAUCCACUGGGGAAGGGUGGCCGCAAGUUUUGCAGCACUCUGUGGAUGUGACCGAGGAGGACCGGGGUCCCAGUCAGGGAAACAGAAUGGAGAUGUCCAUCUUUUACGUCAUUUAUUUUGUGGUGUUCCCCUUCUUCUUCGUCAACAUAUUCGUGGCUCUCAUUAUCAUCACCUUCCAAGAGCAGGGUGACAAAAUGAUGGAGGAGUGCAGUCUGGAGAAAAACGAGAGGGCUUGUAUCGACUUUGCCAUCUGUGCCAAACCUUUGACUCGCUAUAUGCCUCAGAACAGAGAGACCUUACAGUACCGGCUGUGGCACUUUGUGGUGUCUCCCGUAUUUGAAUACACCAUACUGACGAUGAUAGCCCUUAACACCAUUGUUCUCAUGAUGAAGCAUCAUGAUCCUCGUAUUGAAGGCUAUGACAAUGCGCUAAAAUACCUCAACACUGUAUUCACUGUUAUUUUCACUGUGGAAUGUGUUCUCAAGAUCCUGGCAUUUGGAAUUAUGAAUUAUUUCAGAGACACUUGGAAUAUAUUUGACUUUAUCACAGUUCUAGGAAGCAUCACUGAAAUUGUGGUUGACAAAGUCCAGUAUAUAAAAGAGAAAAAUCAGUCUGCCUCAUAUACAGGAUUUAAUAUGGGCUUCCUGAAGUUAUUCCGGGCAGCUCGGCUGAUUAAGCUUCUGCGUCAGGGCUACACCAUUCGUAUUCUGCUCUGGACUUUUGUCCAGUCCUUCAAGGCUCUUCCAUAUGUCUGUCUGCUAAUCGCCAUGCUGUUUUUCAUCUAUGCCAUCAUUGGCAUGCAGGUAUUUGGCAACAUCAAGCUAAAUCCAAAAAGCCAAAUCAACGAACACAAUAACUUUAGGUCAUUUUUUGGUGCUCUUAUGCUGUUGUUUAGGAGUGCAACAGGUGAGUCAUGGCAAGAAAUCAUGUUAUCAUGUUUAGGAGAGAAGGAUUGUGAAAAAGACGAAUCACUCAACAACUCAACGACAACUGAGAAAAAAGAUUGUGGUACAGAAUUUGCAUACUUCUACUUUGUCUCCUUCAUCUUCUUCAGUUCUUUUCUGAUGCUAAAUCUGUUUGUGGCCGUGAUCAUGGAUAAUUUUGAGUACCUGACACGUGAUUCGUCCAUUCUGGGUCCUCACCACUUGGAUGAGUUUGUACGGAUCUGGGGAGAGUAUGACCGUGCAGCAUGUGGAAAACUACACUAUAAGGAGAUGUACAAAGUAGUACGCACAAUAUCACCUCCUCUGGGCUUUGGAAAGAAUUGCCCCUACAGGGUGGCGUGCAAGCGGUUGGUUCUGAUGAACAUGCCAGUGGAUGAGGACAUGUCCGUCCACUUCACCUCCACUCUUAUGGCCCUGAUACGCACUGCACUGGACAUUAAAAUCGCUCAAGGGGGUGAGGACAGGGGUCAGAUGGACAUAGAAUUGCAGAAGGAAAUCAGUGUCAUCUGGCCAAACCUCUCCCAGAAAUCUCUUGAUCUGCUAGUACCCAUCCAUAAAGCCAGUGACAUGACCAUUGGGAAGAUUUAUGCAGCCAUGAUGAUCAUGGACUACUACAAGCAAAACAAAGCUAAGAAGCUCCGUCAACAGCUUGAGGAACAGAAACAUGCACCGAUGUUCCAGCGCAUGGAUGCAUCUUCACUGCCACAGGACAUUCUCUGCAGUGCCAAAGCUCUGCCAUUCCUGUCAAACUGUGCAAGGUCUGCCCUGAGUAGAGCUGGGUUUGUAGGACCGAGUCCCUUAUCACCCCAAGACGUCUUCAUGCAACCCUUUGUCCAAGACAGCAUGGAAGAGAGGGAUGAACACCAACACCAGUAUCACCUUCAGAGUAUGGUGCCAGAGUACAAAGAAUUGAACAUUUUGCUGUGCCCCACUAGCAUGCAGGCCGAUCCUCUGCAAGUGCCAGGGAGAGGCGUCUCUAUCCGAGCCUCUUCCAUGCCUCGCCUGGCAGUAGAGCCACAGGUGUCUUCAGAGAGUAAACUGAUAAAGCGCUCAUUCUCCACGAUCGGUGAUCAGUGUGUGAAUGGUGACUGGCAGGAAGAGUUCUCUCUGGAGAGGGUGAGCCCAGACCGACUGGAAAGACCCAGGCAAAGAAGCUUUAGAGCUGUCAGGUCAAACCUGCGGGAGCCAGUGGACAAAGAGAGAGGACGGUCUAAAGAGCGAAGACACCUGCUGUCUCCAGACGUGUCUCGCUGCAACUCAGAGGAAAGGAGUCGGUCCCAGGAGAGACGCCACUCUCGAUCGCCAAGUGAGGGCAGGAAACACACGACCCUCAGACAGGGAAAUGGUUCAGGCAGCCCAAUUCCACCCACUUCUGAUUCAGGGACGCCCCGAGGGCGCCGUCAACUCCCACAGACACCUUCUCGGCCUCGGCCCCACAUCUCCUACUCUCCGUUAGUGUGCCGUGCCCAUCAGACACAAGGAGAGGCACGGUCACGGGCACUGCCCUCAGAGGAAGCGAAGGGACCAACCGGGACCAGGCAGGGCACUGCCAUGGCCCACUCUACCCCUCAACGCUACAUCUCGGAGCAAUACCUGUCACUGCAGGAGGAUGUUAACACUCCAGACUCAAGUGGUGUAGAGGACACUCUCACUUUUGAGGCGGCCAUGGCCACCAGUCUGGGAUGCUCCAACACCAUCAGCUCUGCUCCACAACUACGUCACACCUGGCAGGUGCCUAACGGACAUUUCCGUAAACGACUAGCACAAGCUGCAUCGGGGACAUCAGGCUGUGAGCUUCUUAGUGACGCUGAUGAGGAUGACCGGUGUUAGACUGACGUUUGGGUUGGUGCCUCUAAACUUUGUGCCUCAAUCUAAGGAAUAAAUAGUACUGUGUGUUUAUUUGUGCGUUUGUGAAUGUGGAGUCUUAUCAGAGAUGUGUGAUCAUCUCAGAAGAACCAAACUAAAGAUCUGAAGAUCACAAACUGCUUGUGAGGAAAGGACAGCAGUCAACAGUCCUAGCAUAAGCACACUGAGGUUGAAGAUCGGGUCUGUGCCCUUACGCUUUCUCUGAACCCACCCACAGAUGAAGUGCUGGCUAAUGCAAAUGCAUCCAACGCAUCAUCAGGAUUUAGGUCUUGCCUGAACGCACUCUGGUUUCUAAA